GUCUUACCGAUAAGACCGCCUUGUAGAGCUCUACGAGGUUUGAAUUCAGGUUAAGGAUAGAAAUACAAUAGUUCUAUACGCGAUUGUCACCGGCCGUCGAAUUCAGUACUCUACUCGGUAGACAAAACAUAGUAGGAGUUGUCUUCUUCGAACAUCAAACAAACAGUACACAAACAAUCCUUAAACCUCCCAAAUUUGACGACUUAAUUCCUUCCUAAAUCCUAAACAUGGCGACUUCUUCUUUUAUCUCUCCACCAUCAUCAUCUUUCCUUCCAAAGAACGAUGUGGGUCUUUCUGCUUUCCCCUCUUCUACCUUCAAUUGCACUCAAUUUGCAGCUUCAAAAUACAAGAAAAUGUCUUUGAAGAACAUUGUUUCUGUCAUGGCUCCUCACCAAACACAGCGCAAACCUUCUACUACUGGCUCGGUGAAAAAUGCAAUGACAAUGACUGAGAAGAUAUUGGCUAGGGCUUCUGAGAAAACCCAAUUAAAUCCAGGUGAUAAUGUUUGGGUUAAUGUUGAUGUUUUGAUGACUCAUGAUGUUUGUGGACCUGGUUCUUUUGGUAUCUUCAAGAAGGAAUUUGGCCAGAAUGCUAAGGUGUGGGAUCGUGAAAAGAUCGUCAUUAUUCCUGAUCAUUAUAUUUUUACUAGUGAUGAACGUGCAAAUCGCAAUGUUGAUAUUUUGAGGGACUUUGUGAAGGAGCAAAAUAUCAAAUACUUCUAUGACAUUACAGAUCUUUCUGACUUUAAGGUCAAUCCUGACUACAAAGGAGUUUGCCAUGUUGCUCUAGCUCAAGAGGGUCAUUGUAGACCUGGAGAGGUCUUGUUGGGGACUGACUCUCAUACUUGUAACGCUGGAGCAUUUGGCCAAUUUGCCACUGGAAUAGGCAAUACUGAUGCUGGAUUUGUAUUAGGCACAGGAAAAAUAUUGCUGAAGGUUCCUCCUACAUUAAGAUUUGUACUGGAUGGAGAAAUGCCUGAUUAUUUGCUUGCAAAGGAUUUAAUUCUGCAAAUAAUUGGUGAAAUAUCAGUGUCUGGUGCAACGUAUAAAUCAAUGGAAUUUGUUGGAUCCACUGUGGAGCGUUUGACAAUGGAAGAAAGGAUGACCCUUUGCAACAUGGUUGUUGAGGCAGGAGGAAAGAAUGGGGUCGUUCCUGCUGAUACUACCACAUUUAAAUACCUUGAGGAUAAGACAUCUAUUCCUUAUGAACCUGUUUAUGGUGAUGAUCAAGCAAGGUUUCUGUCUGAAUAUCGGUUUGAUGUUUCAAAGUUGGAACCUCUUGUUGCAAAGCCUCACUCCCCGGAUAAUCGUGCUUUAGCAAGAGAGUGCAAAUAUGUCAAAAUUGAUAGAGUCUAUAUUGGAUCUUGUACUGGGGGGAAAAUAGAAGACUUCAUGGCUGUAGCCAAAGUGUUCUUAGCAGCUGGGAAAAAGGUUAAAGUCCCGACUUUUCUGGUCCCUGCCACCCAGAAGGUUUGGUUGGAUGUAUACACUCUUCCUGUUCCUGGAUCUGGAGGUAAGACCUGUGCCCAGAUAUUUGAAGAAGCUGGAUGUGACACACCAGGUAGUCCAGGCUGUGGAGCUUGUCUUGGGGGCCCUAGAGACACAUAUGCACGGAUGAAUGAGCCAAUGGUGUGCGUUUCAACAACAAAUAGGAACUUCCCUGGCCGAAUGGGCCACAAAGAAGGGCAAAUAUAUCUGGCAUCUCCAUACACUGCAGCAGCAUCAGCCUUGACCGGCUUUGUUACCGAUCCAAGAGAGUUCUUACAAUAAAUCGGUGCGCUUUAUGGGUCAGUAAUCAUCUCAUUUUCCACAAUAUUUUCAUUUGUAGAAAAACCCCUUCUGUUGUUUUGGACAAACAAGAAAACAUUUGACGCGAACAGUGCUCUGUUACAGGUUCUGUCAUGUUUGAAAAUAAGUGAAAGGUUCUCUCAUUUUCAGCUUUCACGUUUUAAUAAAUUUGCGUAGAAUAUUUA